AUGGCUUCCCUCUCCACCACCAACAUAAAAAGCUUCCUCAACACCACCUUCCUCCUCCUCCUUUGCUUCUUCUUCACCUCCCACAUUCGCUCCCCUUCCCCUCCCUUCUUCAACCUCCUCAACUCCCAACCACCUACCCUUCCUUCCUCCAUCUCCUCCUCCUCCAGCUCCCCUUCCUCAACCUGCAUUGCCUUCCAAAAACUCAAAGACCACAACUCCAAAUGCCAUUUCCUCAAAACUCACCCUCCUUGCAUCUCCCAAGGCUACCUAAACUACCUCCACCUCUUCUACUGCCUCUGCGGCUCCUCCCCUUUCCUCGGCUACUCUCUCCUCUUCCUCUCCCUCUUAAUCCUCUUCUACCUCCUCGGCAACACUGCUUCCCAAUAUUUCUGCUCCUCCGUCGAACGCCUCUCACACGAACUCCGCCUCUCUCCAACCAUCGCCGGCGUCACUCUUCUCUCCCUCGGCAACGGCUCUCCCGACGUUUUUGCUAGUAUUGUUUCUUUCCGCUCGGGGUCCGGCGAAGUUGGGCUAAGUUCCGUGCUCGGCGGCGCUUUCUUUGUCUCGUGCGUUGUAGUCGGAAUAAUUAACGUGGCGGCGGCGUCCAAGGGGAGGAGGUCGCCGAGGAUUGAUAGGGCGAGCUUUGUGAGAGAUGUUUUUUUCUUCUUGGUUGUGUUGUCGUCUCUGCUAGCCAUACUUGUGGUCGGAAGAGUGGAUAUUUGGGCGGCGGCGGCGUUUACUUCGCUUUAUUUUGUUUAUGUGUCGGUUGUUUCGGCGACGCAUUUGUGUCGGGAGAAGUAUGAUGACGAUGAGGUUGAUGCGAAGCCAUUGCUUGAAGAGGAAAGGGAGGACGGUGAGGCGGAGGAUACGCCAGUUGACUCCUAUAGCUCUGUUAACGACGCGGCGGAAGACUCCGGCGGGCUGAAAGCGAUGGUAUCAAACUGUUUCUCGUGGUUGCUCUACAUCAUUGAAAUGCCUCUCUAUCUACCCCGCCGCCUGACCAUCCCGGACGUCAGCGAUGAACGGUGGAGCCGCCCGUACGCCGUCGCCUCCGCUGCUCUCGCCCCUCUUCUCAUCGCCAGCCUAUGGAACUCCAAACGCUCCAUCUCCAUGUCUUCGAAAGACUCCCUCACCCUUUACCUCUACGCCGCCCUCGCCGGCCUCGUCCUCUCCUCCCUCGCCCUCCACACCACCCAAAAACCCACCCCUCCCAAAUCCUCUCUCUUCCCCUGGCUCGCCGCUUCCUUCCUCAUGAGCGUCCUCUGGACCUACAUAAUCGCCGAGGAACUCGUCGGCCUUCUCGUCUCGAUCGGAUACAUACUCGGCAUAAGCCCCGGCAUACUCGGCCUCACCGUAUUAGCCUGGGGGAACUCCAUCGGCGAUUUGAUCGCCAAUCUGGCCAUGGCGAUGAACGGUGGGCCCGAUGGAGCCCAAAUUGCCAUUUCGGGCUGCAUCGCCGGGCCGAUAUUUAAUACUCUGGCCGGACUUGGUUUGUCGCUGGUGGUUUCGGCUUGGGCGGCCAGACCCGACCCGUUUGAAAUUCCGGCCGGGCCUGCGGUGUUCGAGAUAUUGGGUUUUAUGAUCGCUGGCUUGGUUUGGGCUUUGGUUUUCCUGCCCAGGAAGGACAUGAGAUUGGAUAGGUUUGUGGGGAUUGGUUUAUUGGCGAUUUAUUUGAGCUUUUUGUCGUUGAGGCUUGGCUCUCUUUCCCUCUCUGGUGUUUGCUGCAAUGGCGCAUAA